UUGUUCAAGUUUCCGCCGCUGCGCAGUUAAUCGUCUGUCCUCUGAUCACACCUGUCAAAUAGUCUAUUCUCCUCUUCAGUCCGGAUUCUUUAGGGUGAUCUUCACUUGGUUCACUAAACCAAUGUAUGAACAAAGACUCCUGCACUGGCUUAAAUGUUAAAGUUCUCCUCUCCCUGCAAAGACACAAUGUCUUCUCUCUUAUUUCUGUACCUUUUAUUGCUCUGUCGGCUGAAUGUGUCAGCCUCCUUCAGUAUCUCUCUAUCAUCUCAGGGGAACAGCAGCAGCAGUAUUGCCAGCAGUGUGCCUCCAAAGCGCUCCUGCACUGAGCUGGUAAUAUGUAAACCGGGCAUCUUGCUGCCUGUAUGGAUGCCACAGGAAGUAAGUACGGGCGAGCAAGCAGGACGGGCUUUGCUCUACUUCAGCUGCCUCCUGUACAUGUUUCUUGGCGUGUCCAUCAUCGCAGACCGCUUCAUGGCUGCCAUUGAGGUCAUCACUUCACAGGAAAAAGAAGUCAAAGUGACAAAUGCAAAUGGGGAGGUAACAAUAAUGAACGUAAGAAUAUGGAAUGAGACUGUGUCCAAUCUUACCUUAAUGGCCUUAGGAUCUUCUGCUCCUGAAAUCCUGUUAUCUGUUAUAGAGGUCUGUGGCCAUGGCUUUGAAUCAGGGGAGCUUGGUCCGGGAACCAUUGUGGGCAGUGCUGCGUUCAAUAUGUUUGUGAUUAUUGGAUUGUGUGUAUGGGCCAUCCCUAAUGAAGACUCACGGAAGAUCAAGCACUUGCGAGUGUUUUUUGUGACGGCUUUCUGGAGCAUCUUUGCUUACAUCUGGCUUUAUCUCAUCUUGGCAGUCAUAAGCCCUGGCAUUGUUCAGGUGUGGGAGGCUCUUGUCACACUGUUCUUCUUCCCAGUGUGUGUACUCCUGGCCUGGAUUGCAGAUCGCAGACUUCUCUUUUACAAGUAUCUCCACAAGCGCUACCGUGCCGACAAGCGGCAUGGCAUCAUUGUGGAGACCGAAGGGGGCCUGGCUCCAAAGGCUAUUGACGUCAUCAUGGACGGAAAGUUCCAUGAAUUAAAUCCAAGUAACUCUACAAGUAACUCCACAAGUAACAUCAUAUCCUUGGAUGAGGACAGCAAAGAACAAGAACCCAACAGAGAAGAGGUGAUACGUAUGCUAAAAGACCUGCGGUUGAAGUACCCAGAGAAAGACCUUGACCAGUUAAUUGAAAUGGCAAACUACUCCACAAUGAUGGCACAGCGCAAAAGUCGGGCUUUCUACCGGGUUCAGGCUACCCGCAUGAUGAUUGGCGCCGGCAAUGUUCUCAAGCAGUACGCAGCAGCUGGGCAGGCUCGACGAGCGGCUGCCGAAUCCUCACCCGAAGAUCCGGACUUGGCCAACUGCAGUUGCAUUGCAUUUGAGCAGGCACAGUACCAGUGCUCAGAAAAUUGUGGAACUGUCAGCUUGUGGGUGACAUUUCAGGGGUGCACAAGCAACGGUACGUGCCUUGUGGACUACAACACAGAAAAUGGCUCUGCCAAUGCUGGGGCAGACUACCAGUAUUCACACGGAACACUGGAGUUCAAACCAGGGGAGACAAGGAAAGAGAUCAAGGUUGGUAUAAUCGACGAUGAAAUGUUUGAAGAGGAUGAGCAUUUCUUUGUUCGUCUGCACAACUUACGAGAGGCAGAAGGCCCCCCCAGUGGUGAUGGGGUAGAGAACAGUAAGCUCAGGCUGAUAGAGCCUCAGUUGGCGAUGGUGACCAUCUUGGAUGAUGACCACGCCGGCAUCUUUUCCUUCGUUCAGAAGGAACUCAGGGUCUGCGAAAGUUCUGGCACAAUCGAAGUGACAGUCACACGAAGUUCAGGAGUAAGGGGCACUGUCGCAGUGCCUUAUCACACUGAGGAUGGAACAGCACGCCACGGCAUCGACUACGAGCCGACACAGGGAGAGCUAGAGUUCAUCAAUGAAGUGACAAGUGCCAUGGUGAAGGUACGCAUUAUUAAUAUUGAUGAGCAUGAAAAAAAAGAGAAUUUCUACAUUGUCCUGGAAGAGCCCAAAUGGCUGAAAAGAGGAAUUUCAGAUGCGCCGAGCCCGGAGGAGGAGGAGGCCAGGAGGAUAGCCGAGAUGGGGAAGCCUGUCCUGGGAGAGCACAGCCGUGUGAAGGUCAUCAUAGAGGAAUCCACUGAGUUGAAAACCACCGUGGAUGAGUUGAUGAAGGACACCAACAUGGCUGUAGUGAUUGGAACUCGCUCCUGGAAGGAACAGUUUGUUGAGGCUGUAACUGUUCGUGCAGGUGACGGAGAAGGUGAAGAAGAAAAUGAAGGAGAACAGCAGCAACCAUCUGGCUGUGACUACUGCAUGCACAUCCUCACAGUAUUCUGGAAGGUUCUCUUUGCCUUUGUACCGCCGACUCAGUACUGGAAUGGCUGGGCCUGUUUCAUUGUGUCAAUCUGUGUGAUAGGUCUUCUUACAGCUGUCAUUGGAGACCUAGCCUCCCACUUUGGCUGCACUGUAGGCUUAAAGGACUCAGUCACUGCUAUAGUGUUUGUGGCCCUCGGUACGUCCAUACCAGAUACGUUUGCGAGUAAAGUGGCUGCUGUACAGGACCAGUACGCCGACGCGUCUGUGGGGAAUGUGACUGGCAGCAAUGCUGUGAACGUGUUCUUGGGCAUUGGUGUUGCAUGGUCAGCAGCAGCAGUCUACUGGGAAGUCAAAGGAGAAGUGUUCCGUGUGGAACCUGGAUCGUUAGCCUUCUCUGUCACCCUCUACACCAUCUUUGCCUUUGUCUGUAUCGGUGUGCUAAUGCUUCGACGAAAGCCAGCUGUUGGGGGAGAACUUGGGGGUCCACGGCGCUUUAGGAUCUGCACGCUUCUUCUUUUCGUAGGCCUGUGGUUUCUCUACAUUCUUUUCUCCAGUCUGGAGGUAUACUGCCACAUUCCUGGCUUCUGAGUGAAUGGAAGCAGAAAUGCACUCAAAGACACACAUACACAUACUGUAUGUAAACUUGACACCAAAUGAUGAGUGAUGAUGAGCAAUGUCACACUUUUCACCCAGAAUACAUUUACAUGUAUGUAUAUGUGUGUAUUUCUGAUACACCAAAUAUUCUGCAUGCUUGCACAUUCUGUCAUAUUACACAUCCUUAUGGAUGUUCUUAGUCCGCCCAUUAACUUCUAUUUGCACAUACAGUAGGUAAAGACUAUAAACACCUUAUAGAACUGUACACACUAAUACAUUUGUUUGGUCAGAAGGCACAGAAGACACGAUUCAUAUUCUUCUUAGGUAAUUUCACAGCAAGGAUUACAGAUGAAUGCAUUAGUUAGAACAAAUAGCAUCAGAGCAGCACAGUAUACCUCAAAAACAUAUUCAGGCAGUCGAGAGCUCCUGGAUGUGACUGUAUUGGUGCCCAGUUGCAUUUUGUGUCAGUAUUUUCAUUCAGCUUUAAUGACCAGGAUGUUUUCUUUGGAUGAACUACAAAGUUACUUCCGUCGCUGAGAGAAAUGUGCUUUUUGCAAUGGAAAAUAUUAAGUAAUGUGAAUAUAUUAAUAUUGUAAAAUCUUAUAUCCCACAUACAAUAAUAUAUAUAUAUAUAUACUAUGUAACUGAUAAUUCCUUUUCGUCUUAGGAAAAGAUGAUUCCUCCUCUAAAUUAUAGCAAUUGUGGUCCACAGCAGCACAAUUUCUACAUACACCCAAUGAGACCUAAUUUAUAGGUAUAGACAUUGGAUUGAUUUCAGGGCAAAUAAUAAUUUAGAAAAUGAUCUAGUCCUCAUUAUAAAUCACUGUCCCUUCAACAUGCUGUAUAGGAGCUUUGUGAAUUUUGUGAACAACUGUACAACUGUUAAAUAUGAGUUGAAAAACUUUAAAUACAUUUUCUAAAUUCAGCUUUUCACAUUAACAAUGCAUUUUAGGCUACAUUCAACAUCUGUGUUAACUUUAUGUGAUCAGAAAUGAUCUUUUAAACAAAUUGCUUUGAUCCCCAUGUCUUUCACAAGAAAGUCUUGCAUUAGAUUUUACUUUUAACAUACGCUAUAUGAAAUGUGAAAAGGGCAUUAAGUGCAAAAAUAAGUGUUACCCAGUCACUUUGCAGAUAGCAACAAUUCAGUCUUUCUGUGACAAUGAUGUGGUCAUUCACAACCACAUUUGCAAGAAAAACAUAUUUAAUGAGCACUAAAAUAGAUAGAUAGAUAGAUACUUUAUUGAUCCCCAAGGGGAAAUUCAAGAAAACAAAAGGAUUAUUGACAGAAUUAUGACAUUUGGGAAAUUGUCCUUUGUCACUUGUCCCUGUCUUUAUCUAAUUUUCAGUGACCUAAGAGUGAGGACUAUGCUAUAAACUGUAUGUGGGCAAAUUACUCAAAUAAUACUUUUCUGUAUAAUUUUUUUGUUGUUGUUGCACAAUAAGGCCCCUGUUCUGUUUUGUUUUGUGUACAGUCUGUGCAGGUUCCGGCAUAGCUGCAUAGCCUAUACAUAACAAUUUGCUAUUGUUUUGUUGAGUUAAAAAUGAAAGGUUAUUUUAAUAGCUGAUUUAUUUUUGAUGCAGUGAAGUUGCCCCCAAAGGCUAUAUCACAUUCAGCUGUAAAUACAUAUUCCAGUCUUACUCACAACUGCACCAAUAGCAGGUCAUAUUUCAAAAAGGGAACUGGCAGAACGCCUUCCUCAAAACAGUUUCUGUGAACCUUUCCACUUACCUUUUCAAUCAGACAUAUAUAC